AUGGAUCGUAAACGUGUCAAUGGACCAGACCAAAGCGUCGCACCUCUUUCAACAAAUGUACCAGAACGAUUACCCAUAUUAAAUAACGACGGCAAGCGUGUUGAUCAACGAUCACUUGACGAUCUUCGACCCAUUUUCCUUAAAACUGGUCUUGUCACGCAAGCCAAUGGCUCGGCCUAUAUCGAAGUCGGCAACACAAAAGCUGUUUGUGCAGUAUACGGUCCACGUCAGUUGAAACGGUCUGGUUUCUCGAGCAAUGGUACACUCAACUGCGAAUUCAAAUUCUCCACGUUCUCUUGCAGCAAGCGACGUGGUCAUAUGCGUGAUCCUGAAGAACGAGGCUAUUCUCAAGUAGUGGUUCAAGCGCUUGCACCCGCCGUACGAUUAGAAUUGCUGCCGAAAUCAUCCAUCGAUAUCUAUAUCAAUGUACUUGAAAAUGACGGCUCGACCUCGUGUUUGGCUGCAGCCAUUGUAGCGGCAAGCACGGCAUUGGCAGACGCUGGUAUCGAGAUGUUGGAUCAAGUCACCGCAUGCUCAGCAGUACUCUUUCAAAAGCAGAUUGUGAUGGAUGGAACAGAAUCAGAAGAACAGCAAAAGGAUGGAAAUAUGGUGAUUUCGUAUAUGCCAUCGUUAAAUCAAGUAACGCAUAUCUUGCAAAACGGUAUAUCAGAUGCAGCAACCAUAUCCCAGGCUGUUGAACAGUGCAUCGAUGGAUGUUCCAAAAUUUACAGUGUCAUGUCUACAGCUCUUUUACAAUCACUCAAUGAUAACAACAACGACAAUAACAUGGACAAUAAAUUAUAA